AUGUCUUUCUCUUUCUUUCUAUAUUUGUUAGUCGUACACUACUUUUUGUUUUCUUUCUUUUUUCGCUAUUCACAUCUUUUUGUUUUCUUUCUUUUCAUCGCUAUACACAUCUUUUUGUUUUCCUUCAUUUUUCGCUAUAAGCAUCUUCUUGUUUUCUUUCUUUUUUUCGCUAUACACAUAUUUUGUUUGCUUUCUUUUUCCGCUAUACACAUCUUUUUGUUUUCUUUCUUUUUUGCAAUACAUAUCUAUUUGUUUGCUUUCUUUUUUCGCUAUACACAUCUUUUUGUUUUCUUUCUUUUUUCGCUAUACACAUCUUUUUUUGUUCUAUUUUCGAUAUACACAUCUUUUUGUUUUCUUUCAUUUUUCGCUAUUCACAUUUUUUUGUUUGCUUUAUUUUUUCCCUAUACACAUCUUUUUGUGUUUUUUCUUUUUUCGCUAUACACAUCUUUUUGUGUUUUUUCUUUUUUCGCUAUACACAUCUUUUGUCUUCUUUCUUUUUUCGCUAUACACAUUUAUUCUUUUCUUUCUUUUUUGGCUAUUCACAUCUUUUGUUUUAUUUCUUUUAUGGUUUUCACAUAUUUUUGUUUUCUUUCUUUUAGCUAUACACAUAUUUUUGUUUUCAUUCUUUUUUGCUAUACACAUCUUUUUGUUUUCUUUCUUUUUUCGCUAUUCACAUCUUUUUGUGUUUUUCUUUUUUUUUUCGCUAUACAUAUCUUUUUUCUUUCUUUUUUCGCUCUUCGCGUCUUAUAUUUCGUUCUUUUUUCGCUAUACACAUCUUUUUAUUCUUUCUUUUUUUCACUAUUCACAUCUUUUUGUUUUCUUUCUUUUUUCGAUAUACACAUCUUUUUGCUUUCUUUGUUUAUCGCUAUGCACAUCUUUUUGUUUUCUUUCUUUUUUCGCUAUUCGCAUCUUUUUUCGUUCUUUUUUCGCUAUCCACAACUUCUUGUUUUCUUUCUUUUUCGCUAUACACAUCUUUUUGAUUUCUUUCUUUUUUCGCUAUACACAUCUUUUUUUUCGUUCUUUUUUCGCUAUUCACAACUUUUUUCUCGAUCUUUUUUCGCUAUUCACAUGUUUUUGUUUUCUGACUUUUUUCGCUAUACACGUCUUUUUGUUUUCUUUCUUUUUUCGCUAUAUACAUCUUUUUGUUUUCUCCUUUUUUCCCUAUUCAUAUCUUUUUUCGUUCAUUUUUCAUUAUUCAUAUCUUUUUGUUUUCUUUCUUUUUUCGCUAUACACAUUUUUUAUUUUCUUUCUUUUUUGGCUAUUCACAUCUUUUGUUUUAUAUCUUUUAUGGUUUUCUUUCUUUUUUCGCUAUUCACAUCUUUUUGUUUGAUUUCUUUUUUCGCUGUACACAUCUUUACUUUUUUUCUUUUUUGCUAUACACACCUUUUUGUUUUCUUUCUCUUUUCGUUAUACACAUCCUUCUGUUUUCUUUCUUUUUUUGCUAUACACAUCUUUUUGUUUUCUUUCUUUUUUCGCUAUACUCAUCUUUUUUCCAUGUUUUUUUCGCUAUUCACAUCUUUUUCCGUUCAUUUUUCGCUAUACACAUUUUUUUUGUUUGCUUUCUUUUGUCGCUAUUCACAUCUUUUUGUUUUCUUUCUAUUUUUGCAAUACACAUCUAUUUGUUUUCUUUCUUUUUUCGCCUUUCACAUCUUUUGGUUUUCUUUCUUUUUUCGCUAUACACAUCUUUUUGUUUUCUUUCUUUUCUCGCUAUACACAUCUUUUUGGUUUCUUUCUUUUCUCGCUAUACACAUCUUUUUGUUUUCUUUCUUUUUUCGCUAUACACAUCUUUUUUUUCCUAUUUUUUUCUCUAUUCACAUCUUUUUUUCUUUCUUUUUUCGCUAUACACAUAUUUUUGUUUUUUUAAUUCUUUUUUCGCUAUACACAUCUAUGAAUUUUCUGUCUUUCUUUCUUUCCCGUGCAGAUCAUUUUCUUUUAUUUUCUUUCUGUAUUUAUUUAUGUAAACAUCUUUAUGUUUUCUUUCUUUCAUUCGUUCCUUUCAUGAAUAUUUCAUUUUGUUUUCUUUCUUUUUGCCUUCAUUUGUUCUCUACUUCUUUUUGUUUUUCUUUCUUUCUUUCUUUAUUUGCUGUGCAGUUCUUUUCUAAUUCAUUCAUUCAUUCCCCUUCCUUCAACCUUCCUUCCUCUUCCUUCCACCUUCCUUCCUUCUUUCUUUCCUUCCUUCUUUCUUUCCUCCUCCUUCCUUCCUUCCUCCUCCUUCCUUCCUUCCUUCCUUCCUUUCUUUCUUCCUUCCUUUCUUCCUUCCUUCCACCUUCCUUCCUCUUCCUUCUACCUUCAUUACUUCCUCUUUCUUCCUUCCUUCCUUCCUUCCUUCCUCCUCCUUCCUCUUCCUUCCUUCCUUCCUUCCUCUUUCUUCUUUCCUUCCUCUUCCUUUUUUUCAGAUUCAUUCAUUCAUUCCCCUUCCUUCAACCUUCCUUUCUCUUCCUUCCACCUUCCUUCCUUCUUUCUUUCCUUCCUUCUUUCCUUCCUCCUCCUUCCUUCCUUUCUUUCUUCCUUCCUUUCUUCCUUCCUUCCACCUUCCUUUCUUCCUUCCUUCCACCUUCCUUCCUUCCUCUUCCUUCUACCUUCAUUACUUCCUCUUUCUUCCUUCCUUCCUUCCUUCCUUCCUCCUCCUUCCUCUUCCUUCCUUCCUUCCUCUUUCUUCUUUCCUUCCUCUUCCUUUUUUUCAGAUUCAUUCAUUCAUUCCCCUUCCUUCAACCUUCCUUCCUCUUCCUUCCACCUUACUUCCUUCUUUCCUUCCUCUUUCUUCCUUCCUUCCUCUUCCUUCCUCUUCCUUCCUUCUUUCCUUCCUCCUCCUUCCUUCCUUCCUCCUCCUUCCUUCCUUCUCCUUCCUUCCUUCCUUUCUUUCUUCCUUCCUUCCUUCCUUCAUUCCUUUCUUCCUCCUCCUCCUUCCUCUUCCUUUUUUCCUCUUCCUUCCUUCCUUCCUUCCUUCCUUCCUUCCUUCCUCUUUCUUCUUUCCUUCCUCUUCCUUUUUUUCAGAUUCAUUCAUUCAUUCCCUUUCCUUCCUCUUCCUUCCUUCUUUCCUUCAUUCCUUCCACCUUCCUUCCUUCCUCUUCCUUCCUUCCUUCCUCUUCCUUCCAUCCUUCCUCUUUCUUCCUUCCUCUUCCUUCUUUCCUCUUCCUUCCUUCCUUCCUCAUCCUUUGGGGAAGCCAUCGUUACUAA